AUGAAUCAGACUAAGGGAAGAUCGAUCCCAUCCUCAAAACCAAUAACCCUCGCUUACUGCCCUUUAACUUUGAAGUCUUAUCCGGUCCAGAGCCAAGCAUCAAAGGAAGGAUAUCACCCGACGGUCUUGCUAGUUGUUAUUAAGCAGGAAAAAGGGCAGACGCAUCUAACCGUUGAACUAACAUUGGAACUCAUCGCCGUUGGCAGGACCGGAAGUAAGAGCUCGCCCUUACUUAAUCUUCUCGAACUCGAGAGGGAUAAGAGAAAAGAGAAGGUCAGUGCUUCUCCUGUGAGCGAGUCCGAAGUGGGCUGCUUUAUUACAUCCUUCGACGUGAGAUUGGCUUCUUACCCAGUAGGAUAA